AUGGUGCGACGUUGCAAGGCAUGCGCCUUCUUGCUUCUGGCUGCUGCGCUUUCCGCCUCCACCUGGCCAAGUUUCACGGGAGGACAGCCGAGGAUGCGAAGGCCUCGGCUCGCGCGGCCUGCCAGUCCUGAGCGGCCUGAGCUGGAUGAUCCAAGGCAAGCGCAGGCUGCAGGCGAGCUGCCCGAUUGGCUGAUGGAGGCCACCGGAGGAGUGCCCAAGGAGGAGGAGCCCCGCGGGGGCGUGGACUUCAGUUGGGACUACCGCGUUGUGUCCGCGGUGAUUUUCGCACUUGGCCUGCUCUACGUGGGUAUCCAGGGAUGA